UGUGACAACGAACGUAGGAAAAAGGCGCCAGUUUAUCUCAGUUUCUUUUAUUAUUAUUAUUUGAUUCGGCCAACCAGAGUAGCCGUUUAGGUCUCAUUAUUUUAUUGAAAUUUAAUUUGUUAUAAUUUAUUGUGUCUAAAAUGAGUAAAUGGAUUUUGAAAUCGGAACCUGAAACAUGGUCUUGGGACAGUCAAGUUGCAGAUAACGUUACAACUUGGGAUGGAGUACGAAAUUAUCAAGCGGCGGCUAAUUUAAAGAAUAUGAAAAUCGGUGACCUAGCAUUCUUUUAUCAUUCCGGUAAAGAGAGACGAAUUAUGGGAAUUGUUCGUGUCAUACGCGAAUCCUAUCUUGACAAAACCGAUCCCAAAGGUAAAUUCGUUUGUGUUGAUGUGGAGACGGUUGAACCUUUAGAAAAUCCGGUGACAUUGGCACAAAUCAAAUCACAACCGGACCUGAAGAAUCUUGCGCUUGUUCGUCAAAGUAGACUGUCUGUGAUGUCUGUUGAGCCAGAGGGUUGGGAUUUGAUAAUGAAACUUAGCAAAAUUGAUUCGUGAAACAGUGGGAUGACGAUGCCUGUGCUAUGUUAAUGUACAGAUCUGAGAAAAUGCUCAAAUAAAUUUCUUAUUUAAAUUCGACAAU